GUCUGCGGGCGAAGAUGUGACGAUGUCUCAAGAUUGGCCGAAUAUUUGCCCCGCGGUCAAUAUGCUUGUGCUCCUAUGGAUAGGCGGCCAUGUCGACAUGUGAUUUGAACGGUGAAACACGUAUCAAAUCGAUAGCUCGCGUUGCACCCCUCGGAAUAAAGAGGGCCUCCUCAUGAAGGCUCUGAGCAUUUUGGAUACCGGGUUGCGUCUCUCACCCGUCAGGCAUCAGCAGUUAUAUAACGUCGGCGAGCCAGCCGCAGCUUGGUUAUAAUUAUUCACGCUCAGCACCGCCAUCGGACACCACACGCCAUGCUCCUCCAUCUCCUACUGCUCGCCAUCCCCUCCCACGCCGCCCCCCGUUCAUCCCUCGGCAACAUCGAUUUCCCCGACCCGUCCCCCGCCUACGACCCUCACUCCCAAGCCUGGUACGCCUUCGCAACCCAAGGCAACGGGCACCACGUUCAAGCAGCCAGAGCGCCCUCCGCACUGGGUCCCUGGUCAUUCCUGUCCCAAACCGAUCUCCUUCCAGACCUAGGCCCCUGGGUCAACGCCGCCGACCCGCGCGUCUGGGCGCCCGACGUGCAGUACCUCAACGCCAGCAAUUCCUUCGUCCUGUACUACUCUGCCCUGGCACGAGCCUCCCCUCGCGGGAGGGAGUUGCACUGCGUCGGCGCCGCGACUUCCCGCAGCAUCACGGGGCCUUACAGGCCCUUUGAUUCGCCGCUAAUUUGUCCGCUGAGCGAGGGCGGUGCGAUUGACGCGGCUGGGUUUUACGACCAGUCUGACGGUUCGCGGUGGGUUCUUUACAAGGUCGACGGGAAUGCUCUCGCGCCGGGCGGGCCGUGCGGGAAUGCCGGGCCUGGACCGGGCAAGCCCACGCCGAUCAGGCUACAGCGGGUUGAUGAGGCGGAUGGGGUGACGUUGAUAGGGAGGCCCGUGACGGUCUUGGAUAGGGAUCCUCGGGUGGACGGGCCGCUCGUGGAGGCGCCAAGUUUGGUGAGGGAGGAGGGGUUGGGGGGAAACAGGAGGUUUGUGUUGUUUUAUUCGAGUCGUUGUUUCAACACGGUCGAAUAUGGUGUCAAUUAUGCGGUGUCAGAGGACAUCCAGGGCCCGUAUGUGAGAAUGAGCCAGUUGCUUGGGGGACGCGGACCAAGGGGCACGCUCGGGCUGGAAGCGCCCGGAGGUGCGACGGCGGUGCCGGGGGGCGGGGGCCUGUUGUUCCAUGCUGACUGUCCGGCAGGCCGGUGCAUGCAUGAGACUAGAUAUGUGGUGGAGGGUGGAAGGAUCCGGAUUGCUUGAGUAUACCCCUACAGGUAGCGUU